GCUUUAUGAUGGUGAUGGUGGGUGAGAGUCUCUUCUCUCUCUCUCUCUCUCUCUAUAUAUAUGCGAUAAGAAAAUGACCAUCAGUGAGAAGCUAUAAAAAAUAAGGGGGUAGAAGAAAUAAAAAAUGAUAAUAAUACAGAGAGUCGGAAACCCAUGGAAGAAUGAAGAUUUUGUUGCGUGAUCAUGGUGCCAUGGUGGUUCCGUCUCUUCGGUACCUCUCCCUUCAUCACUCAUUGAACCGUUAUCUUCGUCAUUCUUCCUACCCAAAAGGAAAAAAUGGCCUGUAUCUCCCAUUUCUCACUCGUCAAUCUAGCGUUUCAACAACCAACAAUGGCCAUAAACCUUUUAAUUGGCCUCAGUAUCCUCAAACUUCACUUCCCUGGAUCGAAGAAAUCAAAGACACUCAAGAUCAUUCACUGGCUUCAACUAUUCCAACCCAAACUUCAGUUACUACAAUCUGCUUUCUUGUUCGUGAAGCUUAUCACCAACGAGGCCAAAGAAGAGCAAACUCUACUCCAUUGUUUCUUAAAAUUAAUGAAUCUCUUUUGACCCACGAAAAGGCUCUUACUGUCGUUGCUUCUGUCGCCGACACAGAUGGUUCCAUGGUGGCCUUGAGUUUCUUCUAUUGGGCUAUCAGCCUCUCGAAGUUUCGUCACUUCAUGCGCUUAUAUAUAACCACUGCUUCUUCAUUGAUGCAUCUCGGAAAUUCUGAGAGAGCCCACGAAGUCAUGAGGUGUAUGGUGAAAAGCUUUGCUGAAGUUGGGAAGUUGAAGGAAGCUGUCGACAUGACUAUUGAGAUGCAAAACCAGGGCUUGCCUCCUAAUGUUCACACCUUGAACUUUAUCCUGAGGAAUGCUGUGGAAUUGAGCCAGUUAGAACUUGCUGAGAAUGUGUUUGUGGAAAUGUGUAAUAGAGGUGUUUCUCCGAAUUCUUGUAGUUUCAAGUCAAUUAUUGGAGCUCAUUGCAGGAUAGGUAACGUCACUGAUGUGGAGAAGUGGUUAAGUGACAUGAUGGCUGAAGGCCUUAUCAUAGAUAAUGUGACCUGUACUUUGGUCAUUGAUGCAUUCUGCAACAACGGCUAUGCAAAUAGGGUACCUGGGCUUUUGCAGAAGAUGCGUGAGGCGGGGUUGGCUGUAAAUGUGAUCAAUUAUACAGCUUUGAUUAAUGGGUUGUGCAAGAGAGGCAGUGUUAAGCAAGCAUUUGAAAUUUUGGAGCAGAUGGCAAGGGAAGGUUGUAAGCCAAAUGUCUAUACUCACACAGCAUUGAUUGAUGGACUCUGCAAGAAAGGUUGGAUAGAGAAGGCAUUUAGGCUGUUUCUGAAGCUUAUUCGGAGCAAUAACUAUAAACCAAAUGUGCAUACAUACACUUGCAUGAUCAGUGGCUAUUGCAAGGAGAAGAAGUUGAAUCGGGCUGAGAUGUUGUUGACUAGGAUGCAAGAACAAGGAUUGGUACCAAACACCAACACCUACACAACUUUGAUUGAUGGGCAUUGCAAAGUAGGGAAUGUUGAUCGGGCUUAUGAGCUGCUAGAUAAAAUGGCUAAAGAAAAUUGCACUCCCAAUAUUAGUACAUACAAUGCAAUUAUUGAUGGCCUCUGCAAGAAGGGAAGAGUUCAGGAGGCACAUAGGCUUCUUCAGACGGGCUAUGCACAUGGAUUGCAAGCAGAUAAAAUCACAUAUACCAUCCUCAUUAGCGAGCAUUGCAGGCGGGCUGACCCUAAUCGGGCUUUGGAAUUGUUUAACAAGAUGUUAAAAUUAGGGCUCCAGCCUGAUAUGCAUACGUACACCACAUUAAUUGCAGUAUUUUGCCGUCAAAGAAGAAUGAAAGAUAGUGAGAAGCUAUUUGACGAAGCUAUUGAACUUGGCUUGGUACUGAGCAAACACACUUAUACAUCUAUGAUCUCUGGGUACUGUAGAGAUAGAAACGUCAGCUCUGCUUUGAAUGUCUUUCAUAAGAUGACUGAGUGUGGCUGUCCCGCUGAUUCUCUCACUUAUGGUGCUCUAAUAAGUGGGCUUUGCAAGGAGUCCAAGCUGCAGGAGGCUCACAAGCUUUAUGAUGCCAUGGUAGAUAAGGGAUUCUCGCCAUGUGAAGUUACUCGCCUCACAUUAGCUUAUGAAUAUUGCAAGAAGGAUGAGACUGCCACUGCUAUGGCUAUCUUGGACAUAUUAGACAAGAAGUUGUGGAUUCGUACUGUCAAUACCUUAAUCAGGAAACUUUGUAGUGAGAGGAUGGUGGACAUGGCAGCAUCAUUUUUCCACAGAUUGUUGGAUAAAGACCAGAAUGUGGACCGUAUAACUUCUGUAGCCUUCAUGACGGCAUGCUAUGAUAAGAACAAGUAUUCAGUUGCUUCCGAAUUGACUAAAAGGAUUUCAGAAGGGAACAGUUAGCAGCCAUCUUCUUGAUUGCAUAUGUGCUUAUUCACCCACCCUGUUCCACGGUCAGACACACAUGAAGAAGAGUGUAUGAUUGUGGUGAAUUGUGUAAUAGGGGAUUCCUUGCUCUUAUAGGCUGAUGAGAAUGAAAAGUUAAGAGCUUGAUUGCACCAGGCAGAAGAUAAGGAAUGGAAAAGAAGAAUGUCCCUGAGUUGCAUCCCCAAAAGAAAAGGAAUGGAAGAGAAAAAUGUUGAAGCAUAUUGAACAGACAAGGCCGACAACAAUGCUCUUUUACAAAUGGAAAAGCGUUAAGGGGAGAGUGAGGGAGAGGCACAUGGUCAUUGUUGGCAGAGUAGCAUAUUUGACACUGGAUCUGAAAUCUGACAUUGCACCAAAGCUGAAACUAGUAGAGGUGAGCCAUAAGAUGGGUGUUGUUUGAUAUCUUGAAGGAGCUUGGCCCUCCUCUUCACUGACAUUUGGGACAUGUUUAAUAUACAGUACCUACAUGGCAAUCCUACCUAUUCAUUACCCUCCCACCUUUUCCCUGUUUAUUUGGAUAACAUUUAACUGAUUUAUUGGUUGGGUAAUGCUCAAACUGGGAAUAUUGUUAUGGUCUAUAUUAUCAAGUGGGUUCGAUUUGAGAUUUAAUAUUUAUUUGAAUAUUUCAGAUAGGUUUCUAGAUAUUCUUGUUUUUCUGGUUUGGCAUUGGAAAAAAAUAAAAUCUUGCUCAUGUUUUUUUGACUUCA